GACACCACGUUGGGAUCUUGUUGUAAGUGCCACAGAAACAGGGAAAAUGCCGAAAGUCAGAGCUGAGAAGAAAACGCGGAGACACCAGGAGGUUAAGAGUCAGGGGGUUUUGUUCAACACUGGACUAGGACAGCAUAUUCUGAAGAAUCCCCUGAUUGUGAACAGCAUUAUUGAUAAGGCUGCGAUAAGACCUACAGAUGUGGUGCUUGAAGUUGGGCCCGGUACUGGUAACAUGACCAUGAAGCUGUUAGAAAAGUCAAAAAGGGUGAUUGCUUGUGAACUUGACACACGCCUUGUUGCAGAGCUCCAAAAAAGAGUCCAAGGCUCGGCAGUUGCAAGUAAACUCCAAGUCAUGGUUGGCGAUGUUUUGAAGACAGACCUGCCUUUUUUUGAUCUCUGUGUGGCUAACUUGCCUUAUCAGAUUUCCUCCCCAUUUGUUUUCAAACUCCUUCUUCACCGUCCCUUUUUUAGAUGUGCGGUGCUGAUGUUUCAGAGAGAAUUUGCUAUGCGCUUGGUGGCCAAACCAGGAGACAAACUGUACUGCAGACUUUCCAUUAACACUCAGCUCUUGGCUCGUGUUGACCACCUCAUGAAAGUAGGGAAGAACAAUUUCAGGCCCCCUCCGAAAGUGGAAUCCAGUGUAGUCCGGAUAGAACCCAAAAAUCCUCCACCUCCAAUUAACUUUCAGGAAUGGGAUGGGCUGGUGCGGAUUGCGUUUGUUCGGAAAAAUAAAACCCUUGCAGCAUCUUUCAAAUCCACAGCCGUGCAAGAACUGCUUGAGAAAAAUUACAGAAUCCACUGCUCACUGCAUAACAUUUCAGUACCAGAAAACUUCAGUAUUGCAGAAAAGAUAGAAGGAAUCCUCACAGAAACCGGGUUCAGUGAAAAACGUGCCCGUUCCAUGGAUAUUGAUGACUUCAUGGCACUCCUUCAUGGAUUUAAUUCGCAAGGAAUCCACUUUACAUAAGUGCCGAGAGUCUCCGCCCCUUUCUGUACAACUGGCAGUUUGGUCACAAUGAAUUUGUCACAGGGAAGUGGGUGGAAUCCGUCACUGAUCUGGCAGUUUGUGUAGAAUAUUUCCCCGUUUGUACAGUUUCCCUUCUACACUACUUGCACUAACAUUUUUAAACCGAUAUGCAUGAAUAAUGAAAUAUUACGUGAACGGAGACAUGAUAUUGUAUUUACAAAUAGUAAAAUCUACCAGCAGGCUUCUCAUAUAUGUAUUUAUUUAAAUGUGUCGGAGCUGCCAUACCUACUGAUAUGAGGUUGAUUCAUCCAAAGAUUUGAAUAAAACAACGUCCCAGA